AUGGACGAAAGAUCGGAUGCUGGCCUUAACGAGCAAACAGCAACCGAUAGUCAUCAAAACGAUGAAGAUUCCAAUUAUAAACAAAUCAAACGGAAACAUGAAGACAAUCAAAGUGGCGAUCAAUUCUCCAGUAUCAUUAAUUUAUUUGAAUGUCCGGUCUGUUAUGAUUACGUUUUACCACCUAUUAAGCAGUGCACUAGAGGCCAUCUCAUUUGUGAAAAAUGCCGAUUGAAAAUUCUCAAAUGUCCAGUGUGCAAUGAAACAUUCGAAACCGACGUUCGAAAUUUACAAAUGGAAAAAUUGGCUAGAACCUUAGUUUUUCCAUGCAAAUUUAGACAAUCUGGUUGUCAACUUUGCUUUUCGCCUGAUGAAAGAAAGAUUCACGAAGAUUCUUGCCCAUUUCGUAUUUAUAGCUGCCCUUUCCCGAUUACGUGUCGAUGGCAAGGCUCGCUGGAUUCUGUAGUCUCUCAUAUUGUCAAUAGUCAUAAAACAGUCCCUAUGCAAGAUGGUGAAGAUGUUGUUUUUUCAUUUGUUAUCACUAGUGAGGUUACUGUGUGGGCUAUGAUACAAAAAUGUCACGAUCAACACUUUUUAGUGCUUGUCCGUAAAAUAGAAAUGUCCCAUUACAUCUAUCAACUUUAUGCCCUCGUUCAAGUCAUUGCGCCUAAAUCGAUUGCUCGCAAUUUCGCCUAUGUUUUAACGUUGAAGGACGAACAACGCCGCUUAGCUUUGGAAUCCUCACCCAUUAGUAUUAAUGAUUGUAUUGAUGACGCUAUUGCAGUACGCGAUUGUCUUUCAGUAGACUUUGUAACUGCCAAGUCUUUCAGUCAAGAUGGCAAUAUUCGCCUCUUGGUUGCUAUCAAAGCCAUCUAG